GCAACAGAUAUUUGCGUUCUAUUAAUUGACUAGCGUUUUGCAAGAGAAACCUGGAAAAAAUCCGUUUUGCAAAACAGUUGAUCAGCCAAAACUAAUGUUUACUCUUUCACUAAAUUCCGACGAUCGAGAUAUAAGACUGUUCGCUGAAUUUAAGGAAAAUUGUAACUUAGUACACGUUUUCUGUGUGUGAAUGACUUCAGGUUUGGAAGCUAGGCCGAAGGCCAGGCGACAUUCUACGACAAUUAGGCUAGCAUGUCUCUUGAAUCGUCGAACAUCGACCAUCGGGAAAGUGACUUCCUGGUUGGGGAUCCAAUGGGCCUGAAAUUUUACAAUCUAUUUUCUGUGAAAGACAAAGAAGAUACAGAUAAAAAAAAGAGUUCCGUGAAAAAGAAGACAAAGAAAAAGAGUAAAAAAGGUGUAAAGGAAAAAGCGGAAUGUUCCUUGGACAAUAGUAAUCUGCAGGCACCGCUCGUCGAACUACAGAGCAAUCCAUCAGCUUUUAAUGUAUACGCAGCGGUCCGACAGUGCCUUCUCAAACGUGAAGUUCAGGAACGGGCAAUUGCUCUAAGUAACAUCAGCGAGAAGCAAGAAGACGAGGAUGAGGAUGCUGAAAUAACAGAUGAGCUGAUGAAACUACCAAAGAUUGUAGGAAUAGGCCUACGGAGUAUGUUUGAGCUUGUGCGGGAAACCUAUAGAACUCACCCACACCUGUGCUUUCGGGCGAUGGAAGCUCUUCUAGAUAUGUUGCAAGGACAAACACCGGAGGGCCUAUCAAAAGAACCACCAGAAGUAAUGGACUCACUGUUCCAACUGCUUCUACAGUUGUCCACUAGUCCAUGUAGCCCCGACACACCAGCUAGACGGGCUAAAGAACUGCUCUCGCUUAGCACAUCAUGUCUGUUGAGUAUGGUGAUAGCCCGUGGCGACACGGGCAAGUUGUUGUCGGCAGUAUCAGCAAUACUUAUGAGCCCGCACCACAUGACUGGUAAUCAGAUGAAGAUUCCAGCAAUUGUUUCUAACCUCCAACGUAGCUUACAGUCGGUAUUAAUUGGUAGCAUAUGUCAGCCGGACUGGGAGACUGACGGUGUCACGGACCAAUCACAAGUGGAGAAAUGGAAAAUACAUGGUAUCAGAAGCAGUACGCAACCUGCGACAAUAGCUACUGACGGUGCUUUUAUGUACAUUCACAAUAAUGAUGGACUUUACAGAGUGGGCACUGGAUAUGCGGGCACUAUUAGGGGUCAUAUUUACCAUCAAAAUCCUGAGUUUUCUAAAGACCACCCAGGGUGGCUUGGAGUGGUUAAUGGCCGGCUCUUGUUCUGUUCACGUGAAAAACCUGGACAAGUCAGGCAUAUUCAAUCAGAGAAACUAGUAGAAGACCAAACCUCACCUUUACCCAUCCCAGGUAACUCUGUCCCAGCUGUUAUGUUCAGUGAUGGUGAGCAGAUUGGUUCUGUAACAGCAACAGACCAGGACACAUUCCGGAUUCAAACUUGGCAUCCCUCCAACAUGGGUCAACAAAAGGGAAGUGAUUUGUACGUGAAACUUGCCAGAAAAAGCACAGAAGUCUACGGCCCACCACUUACAGACCAAGCCAAAGACAAAACAAAACAUAUACUUGAUCUAGGAGCAGACAUUGAUUGCUUAGAAAUAACAGCUGGCAAAGAUUUCGCCUUUGCACGCACCAAUGCUGGAAAGGUAAUGUUUGCUGGCAAAGCUCAUAGCCUGGGCAUGAAACGGGAGGGGCAAGGGGCAACCAAGUGGACACCCCUCACGAUACAGAAGUCACCCAAGAUUGUCCAGUGUGCCGUUGGACAUGAGGGCCACCAUGCCCUCAUGGUAGCCGAUGAUGGCGCUGUUUAUUUCACUGGGCUCGCAAGACGGGGAGAAGACGGAGAUCAAGUGAAAGGACAGAGGAACGCCAAACCAAACAAACCUAAGAAAGUGCUCAAAAUGGAUGGAAAGCAUACGGUAUUUGCGGCAUGUAACAGCGGCAGCAGUGCUAUGGUGACUAAAGAGGGCGAGCUUUACAUGUUCGGCAAAGAUACUCAAGAAGUUGAUUCAAACACAGGGUUGGUAACAGAAUUAAAAGAUACACCUGUGCUACAGGUGGCUCUAGGAAAACAGCACACCUGUAUCCUGACCAAGGCAGGGGUCGUCUGGACAUCUGGUAUUAAUAAAAGAGGUCAGUGUGGCCGAGGCCCUCCACCUGGUCAAGCUAGUAAAGAAGGUGCUGUAGUUUUACCUGCCGAAGAGGAAGUGGAAGAGGAGGAAGUUGAUAAGGACGAUGAACCGAUGUGUGACCAUGAGUGGAAGCAUGAACAAUGCAUGAUAUGUACAAUUUGUAAUGAGUGUACUGGCUACGGUGCUAACUGCAUCAAUACUAUAAAUGCAGAACGCAACCCCGGAAUGUUAUGUGGUUGUGGGUCAGGUGAUUCUGGCUGUAGUAAGUGCGGCAGUUGCAGGAGCUGCGCUGGUGAGGGCAAAGGUCAGUUACGAGGGGCAAUGUUCCAGAACAUAAUCCGACACAAGAACAUCUCCGACAGAGACCUACUGGCGCAACUGCAACAAGUGUUCUUCAAGAAGGAAAAAAAGAGUCGCUUGUUGGAUAAAUUAUUACAUGAAUCAAAGGCUUUUGAUGAGGGCAGUAUAAGCGGUGAUGACCGAGAAGGUGAGAAGGAGAUCAGUCAACCGAACGUUCUAACGCUCGCAGAGAUUUUAAUCAAUGACAACAAGGUACCAGCAGUACAGGUGGUUUGUGGGUCGUACCAUUCAGUUGUACUACUCAGUAAUGGAGAUGUGUAUGCUUUUGGAAUGGGCAACCAUGGACAACUGGGGCAAGGAGACACUGAAAACAGGUAUAGUGCAUGUAGAGUGCCCGUCAACGAGCCAAUCAUCCAGGUAGCAGCUGGCAACCAUCACACAGUGCUACUCGCUAGCUCAGGAUGUGUGUACACAUUUGGCCAAUUCCAGAAGGGUCAACUCGGCAGGCCUGUGAACGAAGACAAGAAUGAUCAAGAUGCUGUGUCUCACCUCGUACCGGGCCGGGUACCUGACCUUGGCCCAGAGCAUGGUAGGAAAGGUAACUGGGUACAAGCAAGCGGGGAUAGAACGUUUGUGAAAGUGGAUGAGUCGUUGAUUGGGGCUAACACACUAGAAAAGUCACUGGUCUUUGCUACAUUUGAUACUAUAGGAAUAAUUCCCAAGGAUGAGUCUUCGGGAGUCAAGUGUAUGAUGGUCAACCGCUCGGAAGGUCAGUGUCGUAGCUUCUCUGAGGUCAACAGUAUUAACCAGUAUGCUGAUUGUGUCACUUUUGACCCUAUCUACAACAUUCUAUGGAGCUACAAUACCGAGAGGUGUGAGGUGGUAUCAUACAGUGCAAUCAAGCCCAGGAUCCGCGUGCUCGUAUCCCAGCCUGAUCACACACUGUCAGUCUUCAGUCCUGAGCUAGCUCUUCCAAGCACCAACCAAGGGAAGGUUACAAGUUCCCAGUGUGCCCUCUACAUCCUUGCCAGCCUAGAUACUUUAACAGCUUCACAGCUUGAGGGCUGGAGUGUGGUUGAGGGCCUGGAGAACCAAGCUACAAAACCAUCAAAAUCAUUCACUAAGGAUGACUUUAAUGUAGUGCAACGGUUUGAAGCUUACGGAGGUGGGUGGGGUUACUCCGGUCACUCUAUUGAGGCUCUAAGGGUCAGUGUUGACACCAACGUAGAGCUUGGUGGGCUCGGUUUAUUUGGUGGACGUGGGGAGUACACAGCAAAAAUUGCGAUUUAUGACCUGGGGCCCUCUAGUGAUUAUGAAGGUGAGGGGGAAUUAUUAGCUGAGAGUGAUGACAUUAUUUAUGAAUGCGGAACCAAGGAGAAAUUUCCAGUUUUAUUCGAUGAACCUGUUCCUCUUACAUCUGGUCAUUGGUACACAAUCACUGCUAAAAUUAGCGGUCCAAGCAGUGACUGUGGGUCAAGCGGUCAAGCCUCGGUAACCACUGAAGAUCAAGUGGUAUUUACAUUUAAGAGUUCUAAAAAGACAAAUAAUGGUACCGAUGUCAAUGCAGGUCAGAUUCCCCAGGUGUUGUACAGACUUUGCCAGCAAGACUCGGGGCUAAGUCGUAGAGAGACACAGUUAGAGAAUGUACAUAUACUUAAUAGGGCUUUCAGCAGUACAGUCACACCAGAAGCGUUUGAUUCACUUACCAAACUACUGGAAUGGAGUCUGAAAACCUUCAGAGAUGUUGCCAAGGAAACCACAGCCAUCAAGGGCACCGCCCUCACAGCCAUACUACUUGAUUUAGAAAGAUUAGUCUACAUAGCAACAGCCAGCAUGAGGUUGCUUAGGAAUUACAUAUGUGAAAUUUAUUCCAAAACAGGCAAGCAGUCAGUCCAGGAAACUAACCAGUUAGCAGAAUGUGUUGGCAAUACAGGCAUCUUAUUGCGCAUGAUUCUCAAGGAGCCUAGUAAGCUGAUGAAGCUACUGGCGAGGAAGAGUCAGUGCCUGAAGUUAUGGCAGCGAAUUCAAGAUCAAUGUCAUCGGACAUUUGUGCAAUGUUUUCAUGCGUUUUAUCCUACCUCUCAACUAAAAUGGACUUGUCUUUGUUGGCAGUUGAACACUAUGAAUCAAAUAAAUGCUAACAAUGGGUACUUAUUAGCAUCCGUGCUGGAAGCAUUGUGCGACACUUCCAUUAGGUUGACCUCAGUUUUGCCGAUCACGAAGGACCAUGAAGUGGAAUUGGUCCUCAUGAAACACUCUUCAAUGGACGACAACUUCCCAACGAUGGUGUCCACCGAUCCAAUGUCUUCAAAAUUCCCUGAACUUGUUGCCUACAUGGAGCAAACAACACAGGUUGAAACUGGCUCUUGCAAUAGUUUUCGUGAGAUGCUUGAUCGACUUUUAGACAUAUUAUCAAUAUCUGUGAGGGAGAUGAUGAUGCCGGGGGAAAGGCCAAGUCAUCCACCAUUAUUAGUGACUAACACAUGUUCUCUACUUGGCUGUCUUGUUAGUGAACUUGCAGCUAUUUCAACUGGCACUGAGAGUGAAAAUCAAGCUACAUCUCGACCUCUGUGUAAGACACCCUCAAGGUUCUCUCGUUGUAGCCAAGCUCGUGGAUGGAGCACUGGUAACGGAACACCCGAUGCCAUUUGUUUCAGCGUGGAUAAGCCAGGUAUCGUCAUUGCUGGAUUCUGUGUCUACGGCGGCCAUAGUAGAUACAAUUAUGAACUGGAGCUUCUUGACAAUAGUGAGGGAGGUGAUGGACAUGGUCAUCGUUGGAAUACUCUUGAACUCAUCAAGGGGAUGUACUGUCCUGAUGAUUGCACCAAUGAUAUCGCUGAAAUCAAGUUUGAAAAACCAGUACAGAUUAAGGAAGGUGUAAAGUAUGCUGUGAGACUACGUAACCAUGGCAGCCGCACUGUCAAUGGUGACAAUGGGAUGUCAUCGGUGAAGUGCUCAGAUGGAGUAACAUUCACUUUCACAUCAUGUGUCCUUAGCAGUAAUGGAACCAAUCAUACAAGAGGCCAGAUCCCACAGAUACUCUACUACAACACGGCAUUGGAAUGUGAAAAGUCUGGACCAGAAACUAAGAGUGCGGACAUGGAAUACCAAGCCAGGAAAAACGCCCUCUAUGUUACAAGUGCAAUAGUUCAUACAGCGUGUGACCUGCUUCAGGGAGCUCAGGAAACUCUAAAAGGGUCAGAGGUUGCCAGCACACUUGGUGAAUCUCAGCUGUUCACACACCUACUUCCUCUUGUCCUGGCUCAUACAACUCCUGUAGGUUCAUCGGAUCCUAGAAGUGCUGUUCAGGUUCUGGGUCUCGUUAAGGAGUUGUUGCCUUUAGUUACUGCUGUCAAUCUUCAGACAGACCCUCCCCUUAACUACUCAUCAGCCAAUGGGCAAUCAGGAGAUAUUAUGACCGACAGCAAUGCAGUGACAACGUCCAACCAUUAUGCAGUAGUUGAGAGUGAUCAUCCAUAUAAGCCUGCCACUGUGUCUCAUUACAAAGUGAAAUAUCCAGACACUGUGAAGUGGUUGAUCCUUGAGUUUGAUCAACAAUGUGGUACAGCACAACAAGAGGAUAGCGUACAGCUCUACAUCCCCGCUAGAGGGCAGCCUAAGCCUGCUGUGAAAGAAGGAGAUGAACUGCAACCAAAAAAUACACAUUGGCCUGUACUUAAUCGUUUCCAUGGUGAUUCAAAUUGGCCAACAAACUCCGUCGUUCUUCCAGGUAAUGAAGUAGUUUUCUCCCUGGAGACCGCCUCUGAUUACGUCAAAGAUGAGAAGGCUAGUCGGUAUGGCUUUAAGUGUGCUGUAGUGGGCUAUGAAUGGCCAACACAACCAAGACAGGGAUUACUUCACCUUGAGAAAGAAUUGUCUCACAUUGGGGGAAUGUGUGCAUCAUCAUUGAUGAAGAAAGAGUUAAGUUUACCACCGGAAGAGGAGGAAACGGAGGAAGAACCAGAACCAAUCACUGAAGCAGCCCAACAGAUAUUUAAUUUGCAUUCUGUGCUGCUGUCUAAAGGCUUUGCACUGGCAACUCCUCCAACUAUCCACCAAGCACUCAGUGGAAACUUACCAAUUAACACCGAAUAUAAUGAACGCUCAUUUCUACAAGACUACGUCCACUGCACACCUAACAGUAGUGGUGGAAGACUUGCUCGGUGGUUUCAACCAGAAUCGUAUGUAGAACCGAAGCAAUGCGAUAUAAUUUAUCAACGUGACGAGUUGAAAUGUCGUAAAGCAACUGUGAUUACGCUUAAAACACAUGAUCAAUACGGUAUCCUGGUGCACGUCCCACACCUCAAGGUGGAAGCAGAGGCUGUCCCACUCGGCAAACAGGAUCACCAUCUUGAUUCCCAGUCUAUGAAGCCUAACAGGAAGGGUGAAAAAGAUAUGACCUUCGGAGGUCAUCCCACGCCACAAGUCGAUACAUCCUUUGAACCGGUGAUUCGCAAGGACAGCAUGGCAUACAAUUCCAUCACUAUGAUGAAAGAAUAUGAAAACUACUCGUUUGAAGAAUUAAGAUUUGCCCACUUGCCAGCGAAAAGGCCUAGUGAGAGUAUGCUUGUACGAGCUAAUAAUGAUGGUAGCUUCAGCGCGCAUUGGACGCCAGGCCUAUCGGGACUCUAUGCAAUUCACUUCACCAUUGAUGGCUACCCAAUGGAGGAUGUUCCAAAGGUUGAAGUUGGGGAACCUCCCCAGGGUGUGGUAGCUCCCCCUCCUGUAAAGAAAACCCAAUCACAACCAAAUAAGACACGACAGUUUGUUGCAAAGUUCAGUAGUGGACUACGAAUACGCAGAAGUCCUUCUUUACAAAGUGAACAAAUUGGCAAGAUUGAUGUAAAUGGCAUUAUCACAUAUGUUGAUGAGAUUCAGAAUGAAGAUGGCGUUUGGGUUCGUUUGAACAAAGAUAGUAUUCAUCGAUUCUGCGGCACGAAUGGUUUCCGUGAAGGUUGGUGUAUGCAGUUUAAUCAACAUAUUGGAAAGACGUUCCUUAUACCUGUUGAUGAAUCAAAAACUCUGAAAAAGGAAGAAAAUAAGGAAAAUAUAGAAGAUCAGAAGAAAGGUCAAGAAAAGAAGGCAGACAAAAGCAAAGCUUUAGGAAGCAUUGCUGGCAACAUUGUUGCUGAGCGUGGUGUAUACCAUGUGAUCCAUUGCGGUGCCUCAGGCCAUAACAUACGCUGCGGACCAAGUCUGAAGGACAUACCUAUUGGAAUGAUGGUACAGGGCAACCAUCUGAACGUCGUCCAGGUAAAGCGACAUGACGGAUGCUUGUGGGUGAAGCUGGAUGAGGACAGUAUGUCUCGGUACUGUGACAGCAUUGAGGGUGAGGCGUGGGCACUUGCCAAAGGCAAAGGGAUUUUGUACCUUGUGCACGAGAAGGCUUUAAAUUCAGAGAUGAUGAAGAAGGAUGGUAGCGAGAUCCUUGGCACGCAGAAUUUAUUCAAGAUCAAUGGAGGAAGUCUGCCAUCCAGUAAGACAUCAGGGUUUGACUUUAAGAAUGCCCUCACACACCCUGCAUUCAAAUUUAACAUGCAAGAGGUUCAUGAGGUCCCUAAAGUUGAGCCGUUUGUGUUUGGUGGUGGCGGCCCAUUUAUGACCAAGUCUUGGAGUGAAGAAUUUGAAGGUAAAGUUUUUCUGGAAGAUAAGCUACAGAAAUCUGAGGAUGAAUGUGGAGAAACAGACAUAAAGAAGACAGACAAGCCAUCUUCACGAUUAGUCUCCUCUCAAAAGAUUGAGUCUCGUUUCUCAAAGAUGAGAGCAAGUUCCCCGGGAAGAUUGCAAAGGGAGACAGAAGCUUCAAAUCGCCAAUCUGGAACUAGUAGCCCUGUUAGAGUGGCAAGUAGAGAUUCAUCCCCUGCUAGUAGGUCAUCAUCACUCACCAGAACUCUUGAUGGACAUUUCAGUAUUGGUACUGGUUCCAACCCAUCCUCUCCAAAAAUGCAAGGAUCACCUAAGAUGGUGCGGAAAGCAAGAUCACAGUAUUCUAGAAGAGAACGGACAUCCUCCCCAUCUGGAAAAGAUCGCUCACCAGCAAGGUCAAGAGGAGCAAAAAGAACCGAGGUUAAAGACGUUGCAAGGCAAGCUAUAGCGCCCUCUGUUGCCGAAUGUGUAAGAGCUGUUUUUGCCGCAUUUCUUUGGCACGAGGGUAUUGUUCACGAUGCAAUGGCAUGCGCUUCUUACUUGAAAUUUAACCCUGGAUUGACGAAACAAGCCGCUCAACGAGAGCAAGACAAACAGGACAUUGAUAGGAACUCAAAAAUCAAAAAUAGGCACUCAAUGGAUUUAUCCAAAGCAAUUCAAGAUGGUUCUUUCUUAGCUACUAUGGGAACAAUUGAGCUCACAUCCAAUAAAAAUGAAAUGCCAUCACAAGCUAAGGAUGGCAAAAGUUCAGACAAACCAGUAUCAAUAUCUGAAAUAAGAUCCAAGUCAUCUGAUCACAUCUCAACUGCUGCACGUUCUUUAGAAGAGACACUCAAAUCUGCUGCCUGGCAGAAAGAUAGAAUUCCACUUGAAGUGAAAGCAUCUCUAAAUGAUGACAUAAGAGCAAGGUCUUCAAGUGCUGGCCCAGAAGACCUUCACAAGAGUGCAAGCUUAGAGUCUGGAAAGACCAAAGUUGAAAAGAAGGCUGGGGCUGAGACUGAGUCAGCUCUACCAUUGACACUGCAAUAUCUCCUGAGCUUCUGGGAAGAGUUGACAUCUGCAACAGUGAAUGUUGCUUCACAGAAACUGGUUUUACCAAGCCCAGCUCCAAUCACAAAAUCCAAGGGUAGAGUUGAGAGACGUGAAAGAGAGAAAGAAAAGGAUUCAAAAGGAAAGAAGAAAGAGAAGAAAUCCAUUAGAGGUGGCAGAGGGAACUUAUUUGGAGAAGCUGCCGGGAUUCCUGCUGGAGGAUCUGACCAAGAUGCAACAUGUGAUCUCUGUCACGGAUUCUUCCCACAUCCAGUAACCUACCACAUGAAGCAAAAUCAUCCUGGAUGUGGGAAGCAUGCCGGAGGCCAGGGCUAUAAUAGCAGUGGGCACUAUUGUGGAGGAUGGGCUGGUAAUUGCGGUGAUGGUGGAAUCGGUGGUAGCAGCUGGUAUCUGAUGUGCGACAAAUGCAAGGAAAAGUAUGUGAAAGAAAGACAAGAAAAAGCGAAAGAGAAAAUUAAAAAGCUAAAAGUAAAACCGCUUCCACUUAAAACACCUAAAGUAUUACCACCACUUGAAGCACAUAAUGUCAUGAAAGCAAACGCUAUGUUCUUACUGGAUCUUGCCAGUUCUGCUGGAACGUCUUCAUCUGGGGGCACCAAGUCUAUGCACCGAAUGACCCGGUUUGAGCUUCCCAGUGUCAGUGAAAUAGAUCAACCAUCGUUACAACAGCCACAUUUUCCUCUUGUGCCUUUCAAGUUCUUGGAUCUGAUGGGAGGACAGCAGAGAGAUCAAGAUAUGGCAGAUAAUUCUGGUAAGGCAUUCCACGUUGCAGGUGAAGAUGUCAAUCCCUUGCUAGAGGCGCUAUCAACUGAAGACAGACAACUAGGUAAUAUUGCAUUUGGCCCACCACAGCAUUCUAUCUCAACAAGUUCAUUGGCUGAUCAGGAUUCAGUGAAUCGUGUUAUGUAUGUCCGCUCAAUUUCCAUGACCACGUCAGGUGAACAGUACGACGGAAAGACGAAAGUGAGGCGACGGAUCAACAGUGGCAACUCUUCAGCUUCUGAAAGUGGAUCAUCUUUGCUGCGUCGUCCGUCAGUUCUGCUGGCCAAACUCAUGGACAACGGUCCACGGAACUGUAGAGCUCUGCAUCGUCCAGUUAUGAACUUUAUUGCCCACCGACACGACCUUGAAGGCCUCAGACUCGCUAUGCGGCAAGCAGUCCGGAAAGCAUCUUGCAGAGUGUAUGCUUUACAGGCAUUUAACUGGCUCCUGCGUAGUGUGACUCAGCUAACCUGCCUUCAUGACCUACUCUGGCACUUUGUAGUUGGAUUGGCACCUGCUCCAACGGAAAAGGAUGAAGAAGGCGAGGAAAAGGAGAAGAAUGUUCCCAAAGAACAAGACCAAGAGAAAGACAACAUUAUGUGCGAGCAUCCACUGUCAGACAUCAUCAUAGCUGGUGAUGCUGUCAAUCCUUUACCAACUGCAUUCCAUACACUCCUGCAAACUAUCUCUGACAUGAUGAUGCAGCUGCCAAUUGGUAGUGCUCUCCAGCAGAUGGCGAUGAGGUGCUGGUGCCUGCGCUUCCAACCGGCUGACCACAUAUUCCUCCAUCAUUCACAUGUGUUUAGUAAUAUCAAUAAAAUCCUGUCCAAGGCUGAAGGAGAAGUAGAUGAGGGAGGUCUAGCAAUUAAUGGAACAGCAGUUGAAAAAAAUGCACAGAAUUCUGCCAUGGUAGAGCUCCUUAAGGAUUUGACACAUCUGGUAGAGGUCCGUGUGUCCAGCAGAGUAUCAAUGUGUUCCAGUUUGACUGAUGGUGCCACAGAAACCUUCUGGGAGUCUGGAGAUGAAGACCGGAACAAGACCAAGUGGAUUAGUCUGGGAAUCCCCAAAGGUCUUGUAGGACGAAUGGCAAUGCUCCACAUCGAUAACUCCAGAGAUCUUGCUAACAAAAUAACACAGGUCAUGUUUCAGGGUGGUAGUAGUGCAGAGGACCUGAUGACAGUACAACAAACACCACUUGAUCUUCGCCAUUCAGGUUGGAUAUCAUGUGACCUCAUGAACCUUGACCUCACUUUUGUCAAGAUCACCCUUAAAGGACCUGAUAAUCAUGUCAGGGUUCGUCAGGUCAAAUUCUUAGGUUACCAAGAAGGAACUAGUAUCAACUUAGGUCAAGUGUCAGCUUUGGUUGCACAGCAGAAAAAUUGUGAGGCUGAAACCUUAAGAGUAUUUCGACUCCUGACCUCGCAGGUUUUUGGCAAGCUACUGGCAGAGGACAUGGUCAAGAACGGCAAGAACAAAGAAAGCUCAAGAACAAAACAAGACAGUGGAGAUCCAGACCUCAAAGAACACAUGGUAGGCAUCCUUUUCAGUAACAGCAAGCUUACCAACCUCCAGAAGCAAGUCUGCAGUCACAUUGUCCAAGCCAUCCACAAAGAGACAACAAAAACCAGAGAGGAAUGGGAGUUUAGCCUCACUAAGCAGACGGGUCAGUCCCCACCGGAGCAGCAGCCUGCCUCAUCUGCGGAUGCUUACUGCUUUGAAUUACUCUCCAUGGUCCUCGCCCUUAGUGGUUCUAGUGUCGGUAGGGCAUAUGUUGCCCAGAAGGCUAGUCUUGUGCAAGACCUUCUCUCCCUGCUGCAUACUGGUUCUCCAAGAGUACAAAGACAGGUAACAGCCAUCCUGCGUAAAGUUCUACCAGAAAUAACCCCCAGUCGCUUUGCUUCCAUCACUGGCUCCACUCUCCCGAUAAUGGACAUCAACUGCAUCACAUCAUCCGCAGAGAAGCCUAAAGCUUCAGAGGAGGAAGAGGAAACUCUGGGCGUGCUGGAGGUGUUCCUUGCAGUGAUCACAAAAGCUUUGACAGUGCAGACCAAGAUGAAAGGUGCUGGUAGUGGGAAGCUAGUCCAAUCUAUCACACUAGCCUCAACCAAUAUUAAUGGAACUGAGGAGACUGCUGGAAACAAGAGAUGGUGGAUCAGAGGUGUGAUGUCACAUGGUAUCGCUGAGAGCACCAUAACAUUGAUCAAGGAUAUCGCUAUGGGGAAACUAGGAGACCUAUGGGCUAGUGUGUGUAAGGCAGCUGUUGCAGAGGCGUUACUUGCCCUCACAAGAAUAGAAGAGUCCAAACGAGUUCCUGCUGAAUGCCUCAAGACGCACACGCUGUGGUUGUCAUUGGCUAGUCUGUGUGUUCUUGAGCAAGAGCACGUGGAGAGACUUUCCUCAAGUGAAUUAAGCAAGAAAGACGGACAGGCAGCCAAGCACAAGCCUCUCUGUGACAACCACGAUGACAGCGAGACGCCAGCGAUUGUAAGCUGCAACCAAUGUGGGAACCUUUGUGCCGAUUGUGAUAAGUUCCUGCAUCUUCACAGCCGAACCAGAUCACAUCAAAGACAGGUUUUUAAGGAAGAAGAGGAAGCUAUUAAGAUUGACCUCCAUGAGGGGUGUGGCAGAAGUAAGCUGUUCUGGGUUAUGAUCUUAGCUGACUCCAAGACCUUGAAGGCAAUGGUUGACUUCAAAGAAUCAGGGAGUACAGGUAACAGCCACGGUUCAGCAGGUCGUGGUUCAUGCAGAUUCUGCGGAGGUCAAGCAUCGGGCUUGGGGACAGCAGCUGCAAUCUGCGAUGACUGCCAGGGGUAUGCUGAAACAGCUUGUAUGAAAGUCCAUUCCUGUGAGCACAUCUGCGGGGGCAUAAAGGGCGAAGAGAAACAUCUAGCAUGCCUACAGGGGUGCAGCGGUGACCCCACCCUUAAGCAAGACUCAGAUGAUAUGUGUAUGGUAUGCUUUACAGAAGCCUUAUCCUGUGCACCUGCUCUCCAGCUCGAGUGUGGCCAUGUGUUCCACUAUCACUGCUGCUUGCGUGUCCUUGAGAAGAGGUGGGUAGGACCUCGCAUCACCUUUGGCUUCGUCUUGUGUCCAAUCUGUAAAGUGGAUAUGGAGAACAAAAUGUUGGAAGCUAUGCUUGAGCCAAUUAGAACUCUUCAACAAGAUGUUAAGCGAAAAGCUCUGAUGCGCUUGGAGUACGAAGGUUUGAAUAAAUGCGAGGCCAUCACAAUGCCAGGUGCUCGCUUCUAUCAAGACCCUGCUGGGUUUGCCAUCAACCGCUAUGCUUACUAUGUUUGCUUCAAGUGUAAGAAAGCUUAUUAUGGUGGUGAGGCGAGGUGUGAUCAGGGUGGCGUACAAGAGUAUGACCCUGCUGAGCUGGUUUGUGGCGGAUGCUCAGAUGUAUCAAGGGCUCAGAUGUGUCCAAAACAUGGCACAGAUUUCCUGGAGUACAAGUGUCGGUAUUGUUGUUCGGUGGCUGUCUUCUUUUGUUUUGGUACCACUCACUUCUGCAACGCUUGUCACGACGACUUCCAGAGGAUUACAACUAUUGCAAAGCAAGACUUACCGAGAUGUCCUGCAGGUCCAAAGAUUACGCAGUUGGAAGGAGACGAGUGCCCGUUACAUGUGGAGCAUCCAGCUACAGGGGAGGAGUUUGCCCUUGGGUGUGGAGUCUGUAGAAAUGCACACACAUUCUGAACACAAGUCUUGUAUGUUAGGCCAACAGAUGAUGUGCAAUAAAGCAAACAAUCCAAGUCCCGCUCAGGUCAAAGGGCUUCACAUUUACAAAGGUCAAACACAAUGAGCUCCACAGAGGUCAAAGGUAAUCUAAGAGCUUUAUCGCAAAAGCAAGUCCAAGAAAGCUUGUUGCAGCUCUAUACAGGUCAAAGGUCUUCAGGUUUGCAAAGGUCAAACACAAACAGCUCCACAAAGGUCAAAGGUAAUCUAAGGGGUUUGUUAUCGCAUGUAUCAAAGAUUUAACCUUUGAAGUACUUAUAACAUAGAAUAGUAAUGAAUACAUUUGUGAAAAAAUCAGUGAUGUCAUAAAGGCUGUUUCAUGUUGGCAUGGUAAUAUGAAGGUUACUAUGACAGGGUUAAUGAAUCAGAAUCAACAUCAACUUUAUUUGUUGUCUCGGAAUUACAGUGUAAGCACCGCUAAUAUUUACCUUUGGCGUGGUUAACAGUUGCCAUGGUAAUGUUAAUUGUUGGCAUGGUAAUUGUUACCAUAGCCUCAUUUUCCCACAUCUUUAUAAAAUUAUAAAAGGUUGACAUUUUUUUAGGAUUUAAUACAAAUUCUAUAUAAAUAUAAUUUUUAUCAUCAGUAAUCAUUUUAUUGUAUCAUUAAUUUGCCCUGUUUAGUCUGGGUUUCAUCUAUUUUUGUGAGAUUUUGUUAUUGUUAUUGAUGAUGAUUUUGAUGAUGAAAUACUUGUAAUGAUUAAGAUGGUGAUUAUGAUGAUGUGUACUGCCUUGUACAGUGCACAAGAACCUUGAAAACUAAGACACUGAAUGAAAAAGUUUUUUUUUUUUGCAAGAGAAAGAAUGUGUUAUAUAUAUAUUGAAUUAUAUGUCUUUUCAUGUUAAAGUCAAUUCGACACUUGAAUAGAGGGCGCUAGACUUGUUUUAAAUUAAAGAACUUGACAUAAUAUUGAUUGUUGCUCACAAAGAUAGAGGGCGCUUGACUUAAUAUUUGUUCAGUAUUGGAAGUUUAUUUUGCAUUAUGUUUAAUAGUGUGAUGGUGACCUAAUGAUUUAUGUUGAUGAAAUUGAUUUAAAUGUGAUGAGAAUGGUGAUAUUGGUGUAGAGGUUGUAGUGAUAGAACUGUGUCAAAUUAAUUACUGCAAAUAUGCUUAUAUUGUGGUUUCUUGAAUACGCUUAAAUGUGUUCUGUACAGGAGGUUUGUGUUUUUGAAAAUUAUUAAUUAAUUAAUUAAUUGAUCAACUUGUCUCAUGUAAAAAGGAAACCAAACUCAAGUGCAAUGUUUACUUGCUUAAACUCUGUCCACACUAUCAAAUUUGCCCAUAUAUAGUCAUGAUGUGCCUAUAUAUGGUCAUGAUGUGAUGUCAUCAUGACCAUAUUUAGGCAUGUCAUGUUUUUUGUUGAAUAAAAUAUGAUAGUCUGGAAAGUUCUUUACCAUGUUAUGUACAAAAAAAAACUGCUUUACCAUGUUAUGUACAAAAAAAAACCUAUUGUAUUCGAGUAUGUAAUUAAAUGUAGCUUGCUUAUCAAUACUUGGAUAUGUUAAGUUUAAAUGGAAUAAAUUUACGGAAAAUAUUUAUUUUGGUUAAUGUUUGUUUGACACUAUUUUUUACUUGGAAAGAAAAUUGUUUGAGAAGGAUUUAAUUCUUCUGCUUGUGGUGUAAAUCGCUGAAGCUAAUAUUAAAAUACUUUAUGAGCCUGUUAAUGUUUAAAUUUGUAAUGUUUAUGUACAUUAAUGUAGAUAACAUAGGACAUAUGCUGACAGUGAUGUUGUACAUUAGCAACCAUAUUAAGCAUUAUUAUUGAGUUUUUUUGUUUUUCCAAAUGAAAAUUUUUAAAAAUUAGCUGCAUUUUUUGUUGUGUUGAUAAUUUAAUGGUGAUGUUUGUGUCAGUGUUUCUCCGUUUUAAUCCAUUUACCAUAAUUUGUAAGAUUAUGAUCUAACUUUGCAAUGCUAUGCAGUUUGAUAUACUUAAGCUACAGUAAGUAUGUUUCCUUAUUCAGUUAUGUUGGCUAACUUGUCCAGUUAUGGAUGGUUUUUAAUUAAUUUAUGUUAUUGUGUUUAAUAUUGUUACUUAUUCAGUUGGUUAAUUUAUUCAGCUAUAGAUGUUUUUAGUUGAUUUAUGUUUAUUAUUGUGUUUAUUUUUGUUACUUAUUCACUUAAGUUUACUGAGUCAUGCUUACUUAUGUUAAGUAUUGAAUUAAAUAUGGAACUUUUUAGUAUGGUUAAUAAUUUCAAUUUAAGUACUAUUUAGGCCAAUAGUUUGCCUAUUUUAUUUUAUUUGUUUAUCAUUGAUUUAAAACAAGAAAAUAUAUAAAACAUAUGCAUAUGAGUAAUAUGUUAAAUGUUGAAUGUUCUGAUGAUGUAUGUUCAUUAAUGUAAUAAUAUUACUGGGAUGAUGAGCUGGUUUUGGGCAUUAAUGUUGCAAAAAAAAAUCAAUUUUGAUUAUAGAAUAGAAGUUUACCACCACUAUUCUGUUUAAUCAGAACCAUUAAUCCUGAAUCAAUGUUAUGUAUACAAAUACUUAAUACUCAUUAGGCCAAAUAAAAAAAAAUAUUUUGUAGGCCACACCCUACCGACCCAAAUAUUAUGAAGCUCGGGGGUCGGCAUUUUAGUUUUGUUUUUUUUUUACUACAAGGAUCAAUAUUUUUUUCAUGAGCUAAUAGGGCUGUCUGAAAUAGCCUUGAACUAGGCUAGGAGGCCAAUGCCUAUCCUAUUUUGGUGCAUGGUACGCGAUGUGAAUCCAAAAUUGUAUUAUUUUGUGUAUUUUAUACCUUUUAAGCGUAAACACAUUUUUGGUUUUAAAAAAAGCUUUUCCUACUGACCUAUACAUUUUUUUUUAUUUUCCCAAAACGUGGCCAGCACAAACAAUUUUUUUUUGGCCUUACUGGAGUAUAUAUACAUGUUCACUUGGAAACAUUUUUAGUGUACUUUUGGAGUUAUUUGCUUAAAUAUAUUGAAAACCAAUGUUGUAUGACCAUUGGCUGACGAAUCCAUCUCUGCUCUCCGUAAAUAAGUGCUUGACAGUGUGAAGCUGUCUGUUGAAUGAUGUUGCCAGACUGAGUGGGUCAUCAUGCAAAACGAUCGGUGGGGUGUGCAUCGUCGGGUUGUGUUCUGCGUGGAAUAACAUCGGCCAACAAUCAGUGUGUGCCCGACUUUACAGUGUAUUGUAUACAAGUCUGUAUAUUGGGUAUAUCCAAACCCAGUGCUUCUCCCAUUCCAUGCUGGGGCUAUACAUAUAUACUGAAUCUGGAAUGAUUUUUUGAAAUAUUUAAAAAUGGAUACAUUAAAACCAUUAUCUAGUCUUGUCUGACUAAGCUAUUUGGGUAUUCUGUGUAAUACAGUUCUCUUUAUACGUAGGUCACAGGGGUGGAUCCAGAAUUUUUCGAACAGGGGGUCACAACAGUUCAGAAUAGGUAAGUGAGUAGCACAUAACAUUGAUUUGCAUUGAAAUUUUUUUUAAUUUUGAGGGGGUUGGGGCACAUGUUCCGUGCCCCCUACUGGAUCCGUCCCUAAGUAAUAAUCAGAUUUGUAGAAACUGUUAAUGAAAUGAGUAUGUUGAGAGCCCUUUAUAUCUCAGUCUAUGUUAGUGCACAACAAAAACUAAAUGCUUAAAAUUA